UGGUGUAUUGUGUUAUGAAUGUAUGCAGGGUCGUGUCACUAGUCUACAUAGAGGACUGGUAGAGUGAGGCUGUCUCUUUAAAGGGUAGACAUCUACCGGGGAUCAGGGCUCCAGUAGGGGCCUUACAACACCACUGAAGCGGGGCUCCCAGUCAGGAUCAUGAGACAUAGGCAGAAUGGAUUAGGACAGCCAAGGAUAGUCCACAACUGAAGCCUGACUGCACUUAACAGUGUCACAGAUUAGUGAGAGGACUGCCAAAAACCAGGAUAUUGCUGUCUUAUCAAGGGACCAUGCUUACUUGAACAGUAAAAAUGGAACUACAUCAUUCGAUUCAUUCCCCUGAAAUUAUUCCAAUAUGGUGUUUUGUGGAUUGACCUGUGAUAUAUGGAACUGGACAGCUUUUAGACUGUAUGUAUUCAGCAGUGCUUGAGACUGGAUUCAUCGUGUUGAGUUAUUAUAUAAGUGUGGAUCCGGAAUGUGUGUUACAAUGGUGUAACCCAGAUUGACACUGGUUUAUAGCAGAGUGCAUUCCAUGCAUGACAUCAGUAAGACUCUGUCGAGGUGUCUGUUCAAGUCGACAGGCAGCAGCAAAGUUUUUAGUUGGAGAGGGCUGCAAUGGGCCUCAUCUGCUGCCGGGGCUAAGUCUGUGUCAAUGUAGUCAAAGUGAGAGAGGUGUGCCCUCAUUGUCUCAUCACAAUGUACAAAGCUUUUCUGAACAGUGAAAAAUGGCCUUACUUGAUUCAGAUGACUUUACAGAGUUUGUAACGGCUGGAUAAUUGUUUUCAUGAGUUGGGCUUGACUAGCUGGGAAAAGGACUGUGUGUUUUGUGACCCACUGCCAGUUGUGGAAUAUACAGCUGAUACAUUGGAUACAUUGCAUACAUUGGAUAUUACCUAAAUCUCUCAACAAUUCGAACAAGGAUUUUGUUUGAAUCGAUAACAAGGGUUUUUUUUAUAGCAGGAAGGGAAAUGCCUGCAACAGAACUAACUACUUGCACGGCUAGAUAAUGCAGAGUCUAUAAAAGGAAUUACAGAUAUUUAUUACGCACAGAUAACACGUCUCUUAUUUGCUCUGGCAGUUGGGACACAAGUUGAGGAAGGUCUUUGUGAAAUGUGUGGGGUAGUUUCAAUGGAAAAUGUGAAUGCGUUAUGUCAUGUUAAUGAGGAUGUAUGUGUCAUCUCUUCUGACAACUCGUCAACCCUUUAAGGAAAGCGCAUAGCAUGUCUACACAGGUAGAGGUUUGACUUCAAAUUGGAUAAAAUAAUUGACGUAAUAUGCAUCAACUGGCAAACACAAGAGCUUGUUCAGCCCUGCUUUUGAACAGGUUAUGAUUAUAUUCAGGUUUGCAUAUGUGAUUACUUCAGAUAUAGCCAUUGUUAACAUACCAAAGGAUUACUGUGUAAGAAUAUACCAUCCAGGUGUCAAGCGGAAGGUUUUGCUGCUCAGGACAGUUGUAAGCAAGUGGCCAUAGUGAUUGAUUGUAUGGUAAGAAAUUAGAUUCUUUUGGUAUCAAGAAACAUUUUAGAUAACAUAUUGUGGUGUCCCCACUUAAACUGAUGGUGGUCACAGAGAUGGUGGUGUUUAUGGCGAGUCCAUUUGAGCGUGGAUCACAGGCUAUUAGGAAGGAGCAAGUGUUCCAGCUUGUCAGAUCUAGAAGUGUCAGACACUCUGUUCAAACUGGCAAUGGGGAAAUUGUGAAGACUCAAAAUGGAGUUGAGCUUGUAUCUGCAGGGAAAAGACCAGACACAAAGCAGGAAAACAGUUUGGUGCAGGAGAAAAUGUCACCAAGCAGGACUGCUAAUGGCUUAGUCCAGACUGGACUUUAUUCACGAAGUAGGCAUAAAAGCUGUGAGCAUUUGCCAUCCUCUUUAUCUGUGCAUGGUGAUUCUAAGGUCCUACAGUCUUCUAGUUCCAUAGAUUCUGAAUUAGAUAAAACAGAUUCUUCAGAACAAUCUGAUAAGAAAGUUUUGCCAAUUAUACUUAAAAAGAAAAUCAAAGUUAUACGAGGAAAAAGGGGCUUUAGAAUAGUUUCAGGUGACAAGGGACGUUCAUCUAUUAGUGCUCAAAGACGCUCCUUGUCAAGUGCUAAUGAAGAAGUGCUCACACAAAGUGCUGCAAGCAGGUCUGUAUCGACAGUCUCUCAAUCUGAUCUCACUGAUAGACAUGACAAUUUUGUUGCUCAACGUAGUAGUGAUCAUCCACAUGUGCCAAAAACUUCACCAGAAGUUGAUAAAGGAAAGAGAACCAAAUCAGUUUCAUGGUCUGACCAGGAAAAACGACCUCAAAUUCAAGGAAAGCAAUUGGCUGAACAUCUUCCUCAGUCAGGUGUUUUACAAAAGAAAUUCAAGGUGAAGAAGUCAGUUAAAUUUCAGCUGGACAAAGUAGAAAGUGAUCAGUUAAAAACUAUUGGAGAUAAAGAAUGUGUUGGACAGGGUGAUAGUGAACUGAUGCAGGUUCCCCGAGAAACUGGGUUCCAGCUGAUAGGGGUUCAGAGAGACACUACAGUGGACAAACUAAAGAGAGAUGUUGAGAACCGGCUACAUGUGGAUGCCAAGACCCAUUCUGAAGUCGAAAAGGUUGUAAAUAAUGUAACAGUGAAGCGUGCAACGUCCCAGAGGCUGCUCAGAUCUGGUGCCUCUUUUUCUGGUGCUACAAAACAGUCUCUGACUAAGGAGAAGGUAUUUUCUGGAUUAGUUCGCAUGAACAGCAUAAAGUCCCAUGAAAGUGCCAAGCAACAGGACAGCAAGCUGGUUGUACGAAGAUGUGUUAUCGGAGGCGCCCUCACAUUCAGAGUUGUACAGCUUCCACCUGCGUAUGAAGGAUCUAACGGGAAUGGUUAUGCUGAUGGACAUGGCCUGGUCACCAUCAGGAUGACACCCGACGACUUGGGCAGGUUCGGCUUUAAUGUCAAGGUCAGUGGAGGAGCUGACCAGGGCAUGCCCAUCAUUGUGUCUCGGGUUGCUCCAGGCACGCCAGCAGAUCUCGCCAUACCCAGGCUCAAUGAGGGAGACCAGGUCCUCUUCAUCAAUGGCAGAGAUGUCUCACAACAUACACAUGAACAGGUGGUGAUGUUCAUCAAAGCUUCUCGAGAGACUCACUCUGGGGAGCUGGUGCUGGUUGUCAGACCAAAUGUGUAUGUGGGGGAGGAUCAGUCGGAGGAACCGGACUUCACCUACAUCCCUGAGACCCACCAGAUAGCCAGCUCCUCCUCCAGCGCCAACACGCUUGAGUCCUCACUCAUGCUGCUACAGGAGAGCCUGGAGAGUGGGGCUGCACUUGCACAGUUUGAGCAAUUGUACAGAAAAAAACCUAAUAUGACCAUGAAUGCUGCUCGGAAUGAAAGUAACAUCCCAAAGAACAGAUACAGGGACAUUUCACCAUAUGACAAGACGAGAGUUGUGUUGAAAACAGGAUCAUCAGGGGACUAUAUAAAUGCUAACUAUGUCAAUAUGGAGAUUCCAGGUUCUGGGAUUGUCAACCGGUACAUCGCAGCUCAGGGGCCUCUCCCGAACACCUGCACUGACUUCUGGCAGAUGGUGUGGGAGCAGCACUCCUCGCUGGUUGUGAUGCUGACCACGAAGGUGGAGCGAGGACGGGUCAAAUGUCAUCAGUAUUGGCCAGAGCUGUAUGAGACGGAGGACUUUGGGGCAUUACAGAUCACAUGUGUCAAGGAAGAGGAGACUCCUUCAUUUGCAUUCCGCGAGUUUAACCUAACACAUGUAGAAACCAGUGAAGAGAGACAUAUUCGACACAUGCAGUAUAUAGCAUGGCCGGACCAUGGGGUUCCAGAUGACCCAAGUGAUUUCCUUGAAUUCGUCAUGAAAGUGCGACAGAAUAGAUCUGGCAUGGUAGAGCCGACGAUAGUGCACUGCAGUGCUGGUAUUGGCCGGACGGGUGUGCUGAUCACGAUGGAGACUGCGAUGUGUCGGGUGGAGGCCCGCCAGCCUGUCUACCCUCUAAUUGUUGUGAAAGAGAUGAGAGACCAGAGGGCAAUGUUGAUUCAAACAUCUAGUCAAUACAAGUUUGUCUGUGAAGCAAUCCUCCGAGUAUAUAAUGAAGGCCUGGUAAAACCAUCAGAGGACUAUCAUAGGUGAGGCUGGAAUACUCUCUUUCUGUGGAUAGUUGGAAAUUAUUAUUGGCUGGUGUGUUAUGUGGAGGAGAAGGUUUAAGAGUGAGAGAAGAAAUCAGCUUGUGAAGUGUCCUGUGUUGGAUGUGACUGUCAUGUGGUCACUGCACUGCCCAAACUUUCGAUUGCAACAGAAGUCGUUGAGAAGCAGACACCAAAGGGGUGAACUGAAAGAUAUUAUUUUUGUAUAAAAAUGGUGAUUUUGUAACAAAAAAGUGCUCAAAGAUGCCAUUGCCUUGUUAUAUGAAAGGUAACCUAAAAUCACCAAAAGGCCAGUGUAUUGUUUUACUUUGGGGUGUUUUCUGAGUGAUUCUUACAUAUCAGGAGUCUACCCUUGUCGAUAGCAGACAUGUUUGUUGUAGCAGAUAAGAUGUACCUGCUUACAGGCCAAGGAUGUACCUGUAACAUAUCACUGUUCUACCACAAUAAAGGGAGACCACUCACGUAUGCUGCACCACAGCUUCAGGAACCAGAUGAGGAGUCAAGCAGUAUAUCUCCACAAACUUCUGAAUUACCACAUAAUGCGAGCUCAGCAAAGGGAGGCAACUCCUGUCGUUCAUCCUCAUCAUUCCUGCCGUACUGUCAGUCAGCGCCUUGCUCAAAAGACUACUGGUGAAUGUUGCUUAGUAUAGAUUCAGACUUUCGACGUUCACAGACCAAGUUGGUAAUGUACAGGACACAGGACAAGAAGCGGCUCCCAGACAAUGUAUCCCCCUCAACAGUGGACACAGAGGCAUCAAUAAGUACCACAGACUAUUUUUGUGCAAACAGAUUGCAGCAUUGCCAUACAUUGUCCAGUGUGACAUGCCUGCUGCUUGGGGAGGGAGUUAGCUUCACGACAAUCGCCAACAUUGAGUGCAGCAUGUAACAAACCCUGCAGAUACAUUUGCAAACCUGACUGCCUUCACAACAUAGCUGUUGUCAUACGUAAUUCAUACAAGUAUUGGUUGAUGUGUAACAGCUCGAAUGAUUGCCUCUUGCUACCAGAGCAUCUCAGUUGAAUUACUGUGCCCAAGUGGAUGCUGCUAACAAUGUAAGCUUCAGUCUCUUUCAGUUUUAUUUUGGCCUGCUUUACAAGAAGCCUUUUGCCAUCUCCCAUAUAUCCCUGAAUGUGGAUGGUGGAAUGUCGAGUACUGAACCUCAGUGAGUGGAAUUGUUAUUCUUAGUGGAGAUGGAGUGUCUACAAGCAUAUUAAUGUGUACUUCUAUGGAGAAAGUGUUUUUAUGUGUGCCCAGCUUGCUGCCAUGUGCAGAGGUGUGGGUAUUGUUGUAGGUGGAUGGAUGAAUGGUGGUGUGCAGACUGAAUCACUGGGACGUUUAUCUGUCAUUGUAUAUAGAGUCAAGAGAGAAUAUUUUAAAUUUGAAGUAUUUAUACAUUUUGAUGUAAGGAGAAAUGUGUUUUCUACCAUAUUCAGCAAUAGAUUUCUAGGACGGGGACAGGCUUUGCGCCAUAUCCUGUCUCCCACCCUGGUUUUAAUCACUUGGUGUCGAUGUAUGUCAUUUGUUCCUAUUCUGCUAGUACUGGUACCCCCAUAGCAUAGGGUUACAAUUCUGUCUGUGGAUAGGAGUGGCUUGUAAAAACUAACAUUAAUAUUUAGAGAUGAAAAACUACAAUAUGUUGUAUGUGUACUGUUCUUACAAGUACGCUAAUUUGUUUUCCUAUUCAUUCAAAUCCUACCAAAGAUGACGAUUUUACAGUCUCCUGUUAUUAUGCUAUGGGUGUACCAGUGUGUCCCUUGCUUAAUUAGCUUCAGGCAUGCCUAGUCGACGAUCAUGCCAUAAGAUCAACAUUCAGCUCUUAUCUUGGAUAAAAAAUAUUUUGUACACUUUCAGGCAAAUUUAUCCCUUUGUUUCAAUAUGUGGGGGCAAAUUAGAAAUGUAAAAUUUUACAAAAGUAAUCUCAAUUACAGUUGGGCCAAAGACCACCAUGCUUAAUGAAGGACAUUCUGUAUGACAACCCAAGAAGUUCAUUGUUUGUACCGCAGUGCAUUAGGACAUCCUAAUUAUCAACUCAUGCUCUACAUUGUCGAACUUCUAAAGUAAACUUGAUUGGUAUGUCAUAUUACCUGGGGCACAGUCUGUUAAAUCAAGGCUGAGAAUACUAGUUUGUAAGCUAUUUUCAAAUUUUCUUUGAUGUUUUCAACAACAAACAUCAGAAAUUGACAGGAUGGGUGUAGGUGAUCUGAAACAUAAAGAUAUUGAUUAAUAUGUCAAAAUUCAGAUACAUCUAUUUCUAAUAUAGUGGGUAUUUUGACAUGAUCUCUUGGCUGGGCCAUUAAAUGACUAAAGAAGUAAGCUACAGUGUGCUUCUGUAUGCUGGACUGUCUGCCUGUUGACAUUCCCGCUGUCUGGCACUGUAUAUAGCCACAGAAAAUAGUAACAGAAUCUUGUAUUUAUGGACAAUUGCAUUUGUUGAAGUCAAGCUGAACUAGUUUGUGUAGCAGCGACUCUGUUGCUUGUUUCUACUGCAGCUGUGUAACAUGUUAAUACUGGAUAAUUUAUUGUGUACCUGCCGGCUGGCUGGCUGGCUGUCUGCAUGCGUGGAGGGAGGGAGGGAGGGAGGGAGGGAAGGAAGGGAUGGAGGGGGAUGUCUUGUAACAAUGGUGCCAUCCAUACCAAACUUAUUCAAACUUUACAUUCAUUGUUUUGGCAGUCACAGUCAUAUCUGUUGAUUAGAAAUUGGAAGCUGGAACUGACUUUAGUUGAUUUUUACAUUCCCAGUUUCUUAUUGGUGGCAAAAAUAUUCAAAUCUUAUAUUUGUCAGGUUAGUCCAUGUUAAAAAAUUUAUUUCUGGCCAAACUGGUGAUUGUUCCAAGGCAGUGUUUGUUACAUAAACAUAUAUGGGCUGAUUUAUGUCUAUCAUAUUUGAUCACACAUGAUACACUAACUUUCAAGUGCAAUGACUGCAAAAUGACUUUUGUGACUAACUGCAUGUAUAGAUGGCCUCAACAGUUGUGAUAUUGUGCUCAGAGGUGUAGGGAAGUUGGGGUUAUCUCCCUGUCUUUUUUUUAUUAUCUUUGUGGCAUUGACUGAAAAUAUUGAUCAGUACUUUGUUGAGGGUUUGUUGAGGGGAGACAAAUAUGUUAUAACUCUGUUAUUACUUUUCAAACUGUGAAAGUUUGCAAUGGUUUCUAGUAAUAUUGUGAGAGACUCUGGAUUAAAGUGCUGGAUUAGAAAUAUGACAGAAUAAUUAUCCAGGUUUCACUUCAUUUUUUAUUUUACGGUAACUUGUCAAAACUAUAAGUUACUGAUAUUUCCUCUUUUUGAAUGCAAUAUGAAAGGAAGGUAGUCUUAAUUUCAUGAUUAAAGCAGCCUGUGGGUUGACUGUUCCAGCUUGCCUGACCUCUGACACAACUCUCAUUCCCUUGUCUUAUCAUUGGUUGACACUGUCUGGUCGGCAUGGAGAUAGUGAUAUGAUUUCACUGUUUAAUGAAAGCUGACAAAUGUUGUAAUAAGAAAAGAAUAAACUCCCUACAAUUUA